CAUAUUGUUGAAAGUAAAUAAAAUAUAUAAAAGGUAUAAGGUUUCAUGCUAUUUGUGUUACGGUAGCGUUAAUAUAAUUUGAACCCGAAGCCUAAAGGUUGAAAAUAUACCUAAUUGGAAAAUAUAUUUGACGCAUAAAUAACGCACCAUAACAAUAGUCAGAGCUAAUAAUAAUACUACUUAUCAACAUACAUUCCAAUUCUCUUGAUUUUUCAGGAAGCUGUAUAAUUCGUAAAAUAGGAAGCCGGUCGCUAUAAAUAUUGAAUCUUUCUUUCUUUAUCAAAUUUUUCCUGAAUUUUGACAAUUUCUCAAACAUACUAUCAUUUAUGAGUGUGAAAUAGUCUGUGGUCACUUACGUUAAUUAAGGACGAUUCCUGGCAAAUUUCCAUACCUAUUUCUUUUAGAGGCUCGUAUUUCCUUAUUCAUGUGGACUGCCCCUUUUAAAUAAAUUAGUUUUAGCAAACGUUUUGGAUAUAUCAGUUAUAAACAUAAUUUUUCAGCGAAACUAGAUAUGGUGGCCCGGCUAGGUUUUAAAUGUUUGUAUAAAGCUUACCGAAAUUUGAUUGAUUUCAUUCAGGCAGACGCUCACCAGCCACUUCUUAUCCAAUUGUUAUGCGAGCAAAUGUCAUGUAAACAAGAGGAUAUUGUAGAUUUUGAACUUUGUCUUGCUGAUACUCAACCUGCAGUAAGUACAUUUUCUUUGUUGGAAUAAAUUUUCGGUCAAAGACAGCACUGGUGGAGAUUCGGUUAUCGCAUCCCGCAUCCCAUCCCCCCUGCUAGUCCUCCGGUUUUUCUGCUUUUCACAAUUAGCUAAGUUAUCAAGCACGUUUGAUCGACAAACCUGAACCAUACCUUUUGUGAUCGACAUUAAAUCAUUAGGCACUUUCAUCAUCAAGAGAAAAAUCUUUCACCAUCGACGAAUUUUACUCCAUUUCUUUGGAAUUGUAACCUUCCUAUUGUCGUAAAUCAAUUACGUCUGCUCACAAUACAGAAAGAUAGUAAUAAUAAUAAUCUUUAUUUAAACUGUGAGACCCAUUCAGCUAAUUAAAGGUGGUCUUACCCGGGUGAACAGUAUUUACAGUUAUGGAAUACUUACAUAUAUAUACGUUUAUAUACAAUAUUACAAUAAUCAGUAAAAAUUACAAACUACACCUAUGUGUAGAAUUGUCUAAUUCUAAAAAUGUUUAAAAGCAUUGUUUUUAAAGCUGCCGAGAACUUUAAUAUCUCUGAUACAUUUCGGUAGCAAGUUCCAAUCACAUGCUGCAGCGACUUUAAACAUAGUUUGCCCUAGUGAGGUGUUUACUCUAGGUACAGUAUAUCUAUCAAAGUUUGAUCACUUGUGGUACUCAAAUGAAGUAAAAUCACUUGACGAAAUGUAAUUUCUUAAUGUCCCAACUGAAUUCGAACCCAAAGUCUCAACCGUCUGACAACUGAAUUAUUCUUACACACGUUACACACGUUGCUGCUUGAUGCUGCUUGCCACUUCUUGAUUCUGCUUGAUGCUGCUUGCCGAUGAUUGCCUUGAGAAGCAACCAAUGUAUUAUUCAGAAAAAUAUUAAUCGAAAUAUUUUAAGAGCGAAGUAAAUCUUGCAAAUGGAAAUCCAGCCUUGUAUUAUACAAAUACAAAGUUAACGAUCUCAUAAUCUUGUACCUCAAGAUAUUUCCAGAUUUCAAGAUCAGAUGUUUUCUCUUGUAUAGACUGUGGGUGGAGCAUUGUCGGAGUUUAUCUUUUCACCAAGACUGGAUAAUCUUGUUAAUGCUUAUGCUUCUAUUCAGGUAAGAUGGUUUUUGUUAACUGUUUCAAUUAUUGUCGCAGCCCAAAAGUAUGUACGAAUGAGUAAAGAGCAGUGAGGCAACUGAAUUCUCUGCUUACGUGGUUCUGGCCGAGGGGCAUUUCACUCCAAAAAAGCGUACGGGAUUUGCGGAUUUUUAAAAAUCCGCGGAUUUUUUAGCGGAUUUUUCCCGGAUUUUUUUAAGAGAAAAUCUGUUGGAUUUUCCGGAUUUGUUUGGAUUUUCCGGAUUUGUUCGGAUUUUUUCCGGAUUUUUUGACGAAGCGUACGGGAUUUUCGGAUUUUUUAAAAAUCCGCGGAUUUUUCCCGGAUUUUUGAAGAGAAAAUCUGUUGGAUUUUCCGGAUUUGUUCGGAUUUUUUCCGGAUUUGUUCGGAUUUUUCCGGAUUUUUUGACGAAGUGUACGGGAUUUUUGGAGUGAAAUGCCCCUCGGUUGUGGCACUCGCAUUUUUAUUUUAGAUUAACGUUUGCACAUGACAUUACUACGUGUCAUUGGGCGCCAUCUUGGUUAAUUCGAAAGUUUACUUUAACACUUUUACCGCGGCCAUGAAAUAGUUGAGUUAAUUUUCUUUUUCCUGGAUUGUUUUAAACGUUUUCCCCUAUCAUGGAUGAUUUUACGGUCUCUGCAUGACUCGACCAGGAAUAAAGAGCAUAUUACAUGUAUGUUGGUUUUGAAAAUCCACCUGAGCUUCUUUUCACUUCUUGUUUUAGGGUUUGAUAAGUUCUCUUGAUUCGUCUUUAACGACCGACACCAAUAUCCGUAUGGCUGUUCUUUAUGACAACGAAGAAGUAAGUAGACAUUCCUUUUCCGUAUUGUACAGACAUGUCGUGCAUAAGAGUAUUGACUUUGUUAUGCGCACAUUAUUUUUGUCGUGUGCAUUGAUUGUGUGCUGCACAGUAUGUCCACCUCCAACCAAUCUACAGUGACGGAUACUUCUCGAAAUGUCGAGUCACAAUCUCCCAGCUUUCACUGUCUUAAAAGUUAAAACCUAAUUUUAAUAUUUGUUUGUUGCCAGAUUGGCUCUCGAAGUGCUCAAGGUGCAUUUUCCAAUUGGACAGAGUUGGUCUUAAGACGACUUUCUUCAGCGAGUAGUAAGUUAGUCAUGUUAUAGUUUUUGUGUAUUAGAGCUUUCUUGUACCUUCCUCGUUGCUUCUUUUUUUAUGUCUAAAGACCUCGUGUUUGCCCAACCUGUGCAUGUGAGCAGGCUCUCCUAUAGGUUACAAGUUGAUACAGUUAGUGUUUUUAUUUUGUUUUAGACGAAGACAGGACGUGUUUUGAAAGAAGUUUAGCCAGUUCCUUUCUUGUCAGUGCAGAUCAAGCACACGCCCUUCAUCCCAAUUAUUCGUAAGUCUUUUUUUAUUUUCGUAGUCUUAAGGUACGUUUACACACAACGAUUAAUCGGGCCGAUUCAGCUUUAAUUAAAUGAUAUUUGAAAAAUACGCUGUCAACGUCAUCGACCAGGGGCGGAUUUAGACCGUUGCAACUGUAGCAUAUGCUACGGUCAGAUUUUCCAUAGGCCAGUUCUAACAUGGAUCGAUCAUAAAAUCAAUCUAAAAUAUAAUUUAGCAAUAUUUUGUUUACUUUCCUUGUUUAUAUUUCAAGGUUUUAUUUUAUUUAGUUUUAUAUGUUCUAAAACAUUUUAUUUUGACAAAUUGAUGACAUUUAUAAUACGUAACGUUAAUUGUUUUAAGAAUUCCCGCCCGAAAAUACGGUUGUAAUUGCCCGUUUGCGGGUCAUUGCGCAAUGGACUAUAGCUUAGAAAAUAUCAUCCUUCAGAAAUACACCGUAGCGUGUUGCCCAUAUAUGAUCAAUUUUCGCUACGGUCAGAUUCAUUAAGGUCGAAUCUGACCGUAGCGAAAAUUGGCAUAUACGGCAUUCUGAUUGGUUUGCUACGGUCAAACGUAGCAAACCAAUCGGAAUGGGGCAAAUGCUAUAGUUUGCUACGGUGGCAUGAAAUUGGCUACUGCUCCAGAACGAUGGAAUAUCUGAUAUUUGUGUUUGGCUUAUCGACAACAACAUGAUAUUGGGAACCCACAGUACGGUUGUGCGCAUUUCGAAAUGAAAGCCGUCGUAAAGCUAAAGGAUUUAUAUGCGUCGAGGUAGAAAUAAAAUCAGAUAGUAAAACGAAUCAUUUCCAGUCAGGUAAGCCUUAUGAAUGAUAAGAGAUGCACAUUAUAUUUUAAUUUGAGUUUUUACUGUAUUCAGUAUAGUGUUCGCUAUUAACUUCGCUUUAUUAAAGCGUUUGUGCGCGUAUGUACAGUAUACCUGCAUGUAUUGGAAUUAAUACGCGAAUUAUGAUACGCGCGUAUAUAUAUCGUGUUUUAUAGCGCGCUAAUAUUUGUUUGUAAUGCGUAUAUAUUCGUAAGAUACGCGUAUUCAUAUCAUACGCGCGUUCAUAUGAUAUGCGUAUUCGUAUGAUACACGCGUUCGUAGAUGAUACGCGCAUUUCGGUAUUCAAUUGAUAAUGAUAUGCGUAUGAUACGAGUAUCAUACCGAUAUCGUAUGUUAAAAUAUACGCGAGCAAUAGUUUACAUUUUGAGAUCAUUUCGGCUUAUUUUUGCUUGAGAAAUGAAUACAAUGAGGACAAAUUUAAUGGUCACAUGCAGUGCUCAGAACGCAGGAAAUGGCAUUUCCGGGCUUCAAAUUUCAAAAAUUUUCAGGGGGGGCAUGCCCCCAGACCCCCCCUAGCUAUGCGAGGUCUUGGAAAAUGCUACGGUCAGAUUUUUGGCUGGAUCCGCCCCUGUCGACGACAUCACAGAAUAAGUCACACAGAAGCCCGACUUCUUGGUUUUUCCUAUGAUUUUCCAAUGAUUUUGGCGUAACCAUAAUUCGUCAUCAAAAUGCUGACGCCAUGGUCCCAGCCAGUGCGUGUUUGAGAGGCAUUCACCUCCCCUGAUAAUAUUAAAAAUGGCGGACGUCCGGGGGGAAUGCUUCUCAAACGCGCACUGGCUGGGACCAUGGCGUCAGCAUUUUGAUGAUGAAUCAUGGUGUGGCAGCGGUUACUCUAGUCGACCUUCUGUGUGUCUUAUUCUGUGACGACAUCGUUAACUGGCAACAUUCGUCAUUAACAUUUGGAAUUAACCUGCUCGAUUAAUCGUUGUGUAUAAACGUAGCUUUAGGCAACUUUUGUAUUGUGGAGGACGAAUUCGGAUUCAUACCCAAACCUGCACGGUUCCACCUAUUUAGACAGAACCAUUGUAGGUUUGAGGGAACGUGGAAGUUCUAUACCUGUAUAUAUAUAUAUAUAUAUAUAUAUAUAUAUAUAUAUAUAUAUAUAUAUAUAUAUAUAUAUAUAUAUAUAUAUAUAUAUAUAUAUAUAUAUAUAUAUAUAUAUAUAUAGGGCCUGUUUACAUGAUCAUGCAUUACCAACCUCGUACCCAGGGUUCUCUUUGUACAAAGAAUGAUUUUGAUAUAUUGAAAUAAGUCACGUUAUAUAUCAAAAUCUAAGUUCGUCCUUUCUGAAUGCAAUGAUCUUUAUUUUAUUGCGAUAGCUUUUAUAGCUUUUACGUUACAUGAAAUCAAACAGUGUCCAGUUUUUUUGGGACACCCGGUAAUAUAUAAUUGUAAACGAAACGUUGUUCAAGCAGUAAUAAUAAUCUUGUUGAACUAUGUGAUCUUCGCGCCAACGUUUCAAUUAUUUUAAUCUUUGUUUGAAGUUUUGUUUAAGCCCAAAUUUGUCGUAUUUCAGUACAUCAGAAUCAUCCCACCUUCUAUCCCGUCCCGGCCAACUGGGAUUAUAUAAGGCCCCGUUUACAUGAGACCGGGACGAAGUCAAACCGAAAUGAAAAUUAAAAUUAUCAACAUGUUUACAUGAGACAGGUACGAAAAUCACAAAAUUUUCAAUUUAUUCCCCUUGCCAAGCAAUUUUCGUUUUUAGGUAGCUUUUGUUAGCAUGUGUUGUUCCAAUGUCAAGGUUACAGCCGAGACCGGUCUGAAAUAUAUUUGUGUUUACAUUAAUUCAUCCCGGUCUGAAUUCAUGCCGGUCUGAAGUCAGUCGGCUCGGUCCAGCAGGCGGAAUGACUUGAUACCGGUCUGAGUUAUUUUCGUUCCGGUCUCAUGUAAACAUCUAUUAUAAAUAAUACUAUGACCGAAAUGAAAUGGUCCCGGUUCGACUUCGUUCCGGUCUCAUGUAAACGGGGCCUAAGCAGUACCUGACUGAAUAGUUUUCGUCUGGGUCGAUAUGUGCGCUGUAACCGAUAGAACCUACAAAGGGUAAUUCAUUGUAUCGUCUUCACUAAUGAGUCGUCUUUAAGAAUACCUGCAACCAUCCAAAACACUUGCCUGAGACACCGUUUACACUGUACCGGAUUCGCUGGUCACGACAUCUUCGUUUGCUGCUCCCAGGAGCAACGUUUAACAACAAAGGUUUACUCUUUCGAUAACGUCUGUAUGUUUCUGCUUGUUACUACCGUUAUAAAUGUUUAGGCUAUUUCAUUGACUGUUAAAACUGAUGUCGUGACCAUCGAAUCCGGUACAGUGUAAACGGGGCCUUACAUUCAUGCAUUAAGUCAUUAUCAAUUCAUUAUUAAAGUUUUCUUGUCAUUUUUAAAACAAAUGUUUCCAUCAUGCAUGCACCUUUUUUGGCAUGUGCAUUUACUUUGCUUACAAGAUCAUGUUAAUAUUUACUUAAUAGUUUCCAUUCAUUAAAUUAUCAAUAUCUGAGUAAAUGCAAGAAGUAGAAAUCGGCUUGCUAACUAGUUGAAGUUGUGAAUCCUUUUUCGAACUAGAAGCCUCUUAACCAACCACGUUCUCUUAAUAUGGGCGGAACCUACAGGUGAAUUCACCUACAGGUGAAUAUAACAAAAUCGAAAUUUUCAAAAUGGCGGCUAGCCGUUUUGUGGAAGAUAUACUGUUAAAGAAAUAAGCGAAAUUAAAAUAAAUUCAGUCCCAAAAACACAAAAGACUUGUGUAAAAAUACUAAAACAAUUAUUCGCCUCAGGCUCGGUGAUUAUCGGGAAUAUUCACCUCGACUUCGUCUCGGCGAAUAUUCCCCGAUAAUCACCUUGCCUUCGGCAAAUAAUUAUUAAAUACCAUGCGAAAGUUUCAAAUGAACAUUCUGCAGCAUGGGUUUUGAUUGAGUAUACUCCAGUUUUUUCCCACUCUUGGACAAGCUAUUUUAGGACAUAUAAAUUAGGAAAUUAAUUCUCACAAUUGUUGUAAAAUUAAAUAAUGUGGGGCUAGUAGGGUUACUACGUAAUAUAGGAUAUACUACUUAACGAUUGAUCAUUUAAAAACCCCAGCGGGAAUGCUGAGCUGAUGUUGCAUGCUGUAUAUCAUCUAACAAAGUAACAAAAUCAUCCCGCCUCUUAGUAUAUUACUGAAUAGUUUUCUUCUGUAUCGAUUGUGUGCUCUCUAACCGAUAAAACCCACAAAAUUAUUUUAUCAUCUUCACUAAUGAAUGACGUAUCCCUUAAAAAUGCCUUCAACCAAAACACUUGCCUAUUAUGUAAAUAUGACAUUCAUAAAUUAAUCGUUAUCAAUUCAUUAAUGUUUUUUUCAUUUUUAAAACAAAUGCUUCCAUCACCUUUUUUGGCAUGUGCAUUUAUUUUGCUUACAAGGUCAUGUCAUGUUAAUAUUUAUUUAAAGUGCCUAUGACACGAAAUUUCACCCCAAAUGUUUAUGAUUGCAUUGUAAAGAUCACUUAAAAUGACUUAAUAAUUUCUUUUAUAGAAUUUUAGUAAUUUGCUUCCUUUGCAAGAUAUUCAACUUUGUUUCAUAUGCAAAUAUCACCGGUGUGACAUCACAUCGCAUAAUGAUAUUUUGAAAACGCAAUAUUUUACCUUGAUAAAAUAUUUUUACAAACAAAUACAGAUGGUUAAUUACCAGUUAUGAAAUUAAUGCAUAUACAAGGGCAAUUUUUAAGUUUUUUAGAUACGUAUUCGUCAAGAAAACUAUACUUUUCUGAAAACUCAUUAUGUGAUGUGAUGUCACACCGGUGAUAUUUGCAUAUGAAACGAAGUUGAAUAUCUUGAAAAGGGAGCAAGUUACCAAAAUUUAAUAAAAGAAAUUAUUAAGUCAUUUUAAGUGAUCUUUACAAUGCAACUAUAAACCUUUGGGGUGAAAUUUCGUGUCAUAGGCACUUUAAUAGUUUCCAUUCAUUUAAAAAUCCAUAUCUGAGUAAAUGUAAAAGUAGAAAUCAGCUUGCUAACUAAAAGUCUCUCAAUCAACCUUGUUCUCUUAUAAUAUAGCCGGAACCGCAGUUAUGGUCUUAGACGGGACAUUUUUACAGUCCUCAUGUAAUGCUCUCGGAAACUCCCACGCACUGUCUGCGAGUGCAACCUACGAGUAUUAAUGACAAUAUAAUAAAUAAUUGUGAAUACUAUGCGAAACUUUCAAAUGAACAUUCUGUCGGGUGGGUUUUGAUUGGGUAUACUCCGGUUUUCUCCCACUCUUUGACAAGCUAUUUUAGGACAUAUAAAUUAGGAAAUUAAUUCUCACAAUUGUUGUAAAAUUAAAUAAUGUGGGGCUAGUAGGGUUAGUACGUAAUAUAGGAUAUACCAACCUCGUACCCAGGCCCGCGGCCAGCACAAAGAGAACUCUGGGUACGAGGUUGAGGAUAUACUACUUAACGAUUAGUCGUCAAAAGAAUCCAGUAGGAGUACAGAGGUGAUAUUGCACGCUUGUAUAUGCAUAUACAUUUAACAAAGUUACAAAUAGUAAGAUUACUAUACUAAUCCCCAAUCAAUCAAAUGAAGCAUGAAGACAUAUGGGUCGUUUUUGUUAAACAUUUUUCGUCUUUCUGGCUUCUGCAACAAUAUCUGAGAAAAUGUCCUGAAUGUGAAAUUUCGAAAUAAUCUUUCAAAUUUUGAAAGAUUAACACAGCCAAUUUUCCUACGAUUUGUAUUCGCCGUGUCGCACACCUAAUUUAAAGGGGAGUGAGUUACGAUUUUCAUGUUCAAAAUAAUUUACUCUUUCACGAUAUCGUUGUUGAAAACAGCGUCAAAUAUAUACAGCGAUAUUAGCCUUUAGGAGACCAACGUGAAAAUUUGCAUGUGACGUCCCCCAUUCCUGAAUAUUUGAAUGUACAUGCAGCUGGUCUUGAUAAACAAUACGCCUAUCUAUAAAGGUGUUUAAUACUCUUUAUGCAAUAAAGUUAAAGUUCUUUGUACCUUAAUGAAAAAGAAAAAUGCAUGGGGGAUACAGUAUAUUCUCGUCAUCAUGGAUAACAUAUCAAUCAUGUAUCUCAACAGUCGCUUAUUUUUACAGCUCCAGCGACUUACGCCCGUAUUCUAAAAGCUCACUCACACUCAAUGAGUGGAAGUUCAAUCUGAGCUUCUCUUGAGUGUCAAUGCUGUUUUUGAAUAGCUGGAGGGUUAGUGUCGUACCUUACUAUGUGACAACUCACACUCCAGCUAUUCAAAAACAGCAUUGACACUCAUGAGAAGCUCAGAUUGAACCUCCACUCAUUGAGUGUGAGUGUGAGUGAGCUUUUAGAAUACAGGCGUUAGUCUUAGACAAUAGAGCGUCUUUUUGCAAUUAUAGGUUAUAAUGAUUCUUUUACUCAUCAUAUUCCCAUCCGUUUGAUUGUAACGUAGUUUCGGACUGUUAAUGUUAUUUUCUACACUAUAAUAGCGGGAUACAUUAGAAGAUAAUAUUAAAAUUAAACAUGUCAAUCAAUUGCGAUUAUUAAGGGUAUAUUAAUUAUUUUUAAUUGAUUUUCCAAAAUGUUAUCUAUAAUAAAAUUUGAAAUCAAAUUUCCUCUGUCAAAGUUCAAUACAUAGAGUACAAUGUUUUAAUAAAAAGUGCAGGUGAGCCUGUGAGGCUUAUGAACUAUAUUUGUCAGCUUUAAUUGCAUCGUGUUAAUAAUAUCUGUGCAGCAUAUAUAUAAUAUUUAAACUGACUGUUUUCUAAUUACUCUUCUAGGCAAAGAGUAUAAUAUUAAGUAUUCUUUGUCAGAUUUCAUCUAUUGAUUAAGCCGAACGGUUUGCUGAUAGGAACAUACAAACUUUUUUCUUUACUCGGCCCAAAACAGUUUAGGAUCAAAGCAAUUGAUCUAUAAUGACGGAAGAACCGACGUCAGAGGGUGGGAUGAUAAAACAAGACUUCCAACCAUUUGAAUUGAUUUUCCUCGUGCUGAUAUCAUUAUUGCAGUGUAUCAUUGGGUUUAUCGGGAACCUUAUCAGUCUGGUCAUCAUCAUUUUUACCAAACGACUGAACCAAGUCCCUUCAAAUCUAUUAAUUCUCAAUCUGGGCGUCUCCGAUCUAUUAACAUGCGUGGUUUUUCUGCCGUUUCAUGUUUAUAAUCUAUUUCAGGCUAGUCUCGACGAGACCCUGAGGUUCUACUACCAUGCUUUGUGUUUAUUUCAUGUCUUCUCUAAUGGAAAUGCUAUCUUGGUCAUAACCAUUGAUAGAUUUAUUGCGGUUUCUUAUCCAUUACGUUAUGAAUCAUUUGUUACGAAGCGCAGAACAUUUCAAGCUAUAUUCAUGUCAUGGAUUAUGCCUGUCUCCUUCUCGUUAGCAUUUUUUACGUCCCUACAAAAAGACUCACCAGAGAGUUCGGAGUUCGGAUUACGCGUGUACAUAAUUGCCAGUUUGGUUAUAGUGUUGAUACUAUACUUCAUGGUCUAUAUGGCUGCCAGAAGACAACGGCAAAAGAUACGAGCAAUGUCAAUUACUACGCAAGAGAAUGCUAAAACCUUUCAGAUUCGUGCACCAGUAUGGAAAAGUACAGUAACUACGUUCCUUAUAGUUUGUUUAUAUUUAAUCACCUAUCUACCAAUUCUGAGUUACGAUUUCAAGUUUUCAUUGAACAAGAAACCAAAGUAUACUAUGGCCUCAGAAAGAGUUUAUGCUUGGGUUCUUUCGCUGCAAUUUGUAAAUUCGUGUAUCGAUCCUUUUCUCUACGUGUUCCGAUGUCGGCAGUUUAAAGUGGCGUUCUUACAACUGCUGCCGGGAGUUUUAAAACCACAGCGAACAUAUAACCUACCUAGGCUACCUUAACACUGAGCAGCAAAUAUGAUCCGUGUAUAUAUGGGUGCAGGAACACGAGAGACUAUAGCUACUGCAUGCCCUUUGCCGGCUGUUUCAGCAAAUAUAAAAUCAAAUUAUUCCGGAAAAAGUGCAUAAUUGCAAUAAAGUAAUGUUAUUUCGUAUAAAAUUGUUAUAUAUUGCUGAUGAUGAAUCGAAAUUGAUUGGAAAUAUACUGUUUAAAUCAAUUGUGUACUGUAAAUAUGUAAUUAUGCACACUUUUUUCGAAACAAGCUCGUGCCCCUCAAAAAGAUGUAAUUCUUAUUCAUAACGAAAUAUAACUAGAACUAGAAGCCUACUGAACAUAACUAUAGGGGCCUAAAUAAAAAGCCUGUAGUUGUAAAUAUAUGUAAUCUUGUACAUAAUCGGGGAAAAUAAAAUAAAUAAAAAUAUCAUAUCUGAAAACGCAGAAAAUGUCGCACCAACCUAAUUCCUCUUAACCUAAUAUAUAGUACCAUUGUUUGGCAAGAAUGCCAAUACACAUCAACCAGAAUUUUACAUUUUCUACACCAAAUUGUAAACUGGCCUCGGAGGAGCUAGUGUCCCAAUCUCGUACCCAGAGUUUGCCCGUUCGCAGGUUAGGUGCUGAGCAUGAGCACCUAACCUGCGAACGGGCAUACUCUGGGUACGAGAUUGGUAGUGUCCUGGCUGGCACUCUAUAGGAUCCGUGUGGCAGAUAGGCCGUGGGCCGUUGGCCAAGAUUAUUUCGCUUCGUGGCAACCCCUUGGGGAAUAGAUUUUCUGUGAUCCAAUGCAUAGUACCAUGGAUACUCUACUACCACAAAAAGUUCCCAAGCAAAAAACUUGCCAAACACCGAGAAAAUGGGUGAUCAGUGAUUAUCCCCUAUUAAAUUGUAUUAUAGCAAGAAAAUGUGAAAUUUUGUAUUCAAUUACAACAAAAAUGACUUGCAUCACCAGAAAGCUUACCAAAAACCACAUAUAAGGUAUUCAAACAAUUUUUCGAUCCUUCAAAUAGUCUUUGAGUUAUUGCUGUUUUAAAUGUGAAAAUUGGACCAAAAUGUCGCAAUAAGGACUGGGUACCAGGUCAAAAACGCGUUUUUGACAGCGUAUAACUUAAAAACAAUUUGACGGAUAUAAAAAACUGUUUAAAUGUCUUAUAUGCAGAUUUUUGUAAGCUUUCUGAUGUUGCAAGUCAUUUUUGUUGUAAUUGAAUACAAAAUUUCACAUAUUUUUGCUGUAAUACAAUUUAAUAGAGGAUAAUCACUGAUCACCCUUUUUCUCGGUGUUUGGCAAGUUUUUGCUUGGGAACUUUUUGUGGUCAUUGAGCAUCUAUGGUACUAUGAAUGGACCAUUUGCAUUAUAGACUAAAUUUUGAUCUAGACAAAAAUUUCAUCACAGCUGGAAAGAGCAUCGCAAAAUUAGUAAGUCUAGUAAUAUUCCAAAGUUUCCUUGCGAAAUGUUGUAAAAUGCGGAUAAUAUAGCCAUGCGAAGUUUGCCGUUUUUCAGUCAUUUUGUAUUACGCACGGGAAAUUGACAGCCCAAUCGGGUGUUGGGGCAUCAAUUUCCCGUUUGUAAUACAAAAUGACUGAAAAACGGCAAACUUCGCAAGGCUACAUAUAUUAUCCGCAUUUUACAACAUUUCGCAACGAAACUUUGGAAUGUUACUAAUUUUGUGAUGCUCUUUCAAGCUGUGAUGAAAUUUUUGUCUAGAUCAAAAUUUAGUCUAUAAUGCAAAUGGUCCAUUUAACCACAGAAAAUCUAUUCCCCAGGGGGUUGCCACGAAAUUGCUUUUCUAAGUACUUUUUCGCACAACGGCCAACGGCCUAAGACAUGUAUUGGAAAGAGUAAAGAAAUUCCAAAAAAAGGUCCUGGAAAUUUCCAUAGACUACUAGUGGUGUAUUUAAAACUACCAUGAACAAUCAGAAGAUUUUUCCUGGUUGCCCAAAUUGACUCGGUAGAACGGACGCAACUGUAUGGACCCGAGAGUAGCUUUGAGGGUAUAUACUGACUGUCCAUUCCAUAGAGACUAAACCUCACGUGCAAAAGCCUUAUUUGGGACAGCGCCUUAAAGUGCAUAUGACAUGAAAUUUCUUAUUUUCUUAAGUGAAAGAACUUUUUAAGCUGUAGUGUAACUUAUUUUUCAGUUUCUUGUUUUUAUGGUUUGUCCCCGAGAUAUUUCAAUUUGUUUGAUAUGUAAAUGAGUGUGAAUAUGUCCGCUAAUUUAUGACGUCAUGUUGGUUGCAAGCUCUUCAAAAUGGUUGAAUAUCACUGCUAUCAUCCAAGAUGAUAAUUUCAAACUUCACUCACUGGUAAAUCUGAUAAAAUACUGGAGAAAAACGUGAACUGAUAUCAACAGUUUUUAGAGUUAAUACAUUUGUAACCAGUGUAAGUUGAGCUUGCAACCAACGUGACGUCAUAAAUUAGCGGACAUAUUCACAUCAUUUACAUAUCAAACAAAUUGAAAUAUCUCGGGAACAAACCAUAAAAACAAGAAACUGAAAAGUAAGUUACACUACAGCUUAAAGAGUUCUUUCGUUUAAGAAAGUAAGAAAUUUCAUGUCAUAUGCACUUUAAGCCAUCGGACGAAUAGUGGAUCAUCAUCAGGCAUUUCGAGUACAAACACUUCGGUGGCGAAGUGGUUAGCGCACUUGCCUUUCACCUCUAAGGCCGCAGGUUCGAAUCUCAGUGUGAGCUUCUCAAUGUGACUCGAACCCAGUCCUCAUGUGAAAAGAGUAAAAGUCAACGCUCUGCCGAAAGUCGUGGGUUUUCUCCGGGCACUCCGUGUUUUCUCCCACAGGGAAAGUUGACAGGGUGGGUUAGGCACAUAGGAUAGGUCUGGAGGCAGAUCAUUAAUGAGGUAUGGACUAAUAGCGGCUGCUCAAGCGCCAUUUGUAAGCUCAAAGUCUACCUCGGUCUGCUUCUCGUCAGUCUGGUUCUAUCUAUCUAUUCAUAAUGUAACCAGUCACUGAAAAGCCCUGUUAGGGAGUGUGCUGUGAAAUAUCUAUCUAUCUGAUACCACUCCAUUAGGAGCGAAGCACUCUGGCUUACAGCCCAUAGCAGCAAGCCCAUACAUCUUCUUUUUUUAAUUUUCAUCAGCGUACUGUAUAUAUUAUGAAGAACGUUUAUGAUUGGUUGGCUAUAACAAUGAAACACAGUGAUACUAAAGAAUGUAUUUUCUAAAAACAAAUCACGUUUGUGUAAGCGAAACCCCAAACAUGACAUUUGAGACGUUUGAGAUAUGCUUACAAUAUUUCGUUGUCGGAAUUUUUCCGCAAUCAUUGCCUUUGAAGCACUCAAAGUUAGAAGCAAUCGCCUAUUCAUUAAUAACUGAUUUUUUUACUUUAGUGAAAAACAUGAAGCCAACUUGAGACCAGCUUUGCAUAAAGUAAGAAUUAUAACAAUGUCGAAAAAUAGUAAGCUCGUUCACAGUUUGCUCGUUUCAUGAAUGUUAGAACUGAGGGUGACAGGAGAGUUGGCUGUCCAAGAGGGGCAGAGGUGUCUAAUUUAGAAACUAAUCUGGAUCUACGUUUAUCACGAACGUUCGGUAGUAAGAAUGUGGUCUGAUUUGGUUUCCAACUUAUUAUAAAGUUGUAUAUCACUUCCACUGGACUAACUUUGUUGAAGAGUUCCUCUUUUGGAAGUGGUUUGUGUCAGUUAAAAUAGCCUUACCAAGGUAGAUGCUUUGUGACCUAGGAAUAGACGAGUACUGCAUAUCAAUGAAAGUGCCCUUUGGCGAGAAUCUGCUCUCUUUGCCUUUUAAUCUGUAGCUGGGGUUUUUCGAGUUUGUAGUCAGAUUAGCAAGUUUGAUUAACGAGGCAAAUCGUUUAGGCAGGUAACGUGGAAGCGCGUAUGCGCCACCUUGCUUGAUCACCUCGCCAGGCCAAACUUUUAUAUAAACUUUUCAGGGUCCAAUAAUAAAGUACAAUGUGAACCAAAAAUACGCAACAACAGCAGUGACAGCAAGUGUAAUACGAAUGGUGGCAGAGAAACACGGAAUUCCACUGCAGGUAAAAUUUUCAUGUUACAGUACGGAGUGACCGUAAGAUUGUAUUUAAUGGUAAACGCUUACCAAAGUGUUGUUGACAUUUAACACAAUAACCAUACAUAUGCGUAGUGCAUCCUCGGUCCCAGGCUCUUCCCUCUGACGGAGUGCAUUAUCACAGAAUAAAGACACACAGAAGGUCGACUCAGCCAAAAAAGCGCUGCCACACCAUGAUUCGUCAUCAAAGUGCUGACGCCAUGGUCCUAGCCAGUACGUUUAUGAGAGGCAUUAGACAGAUUUAGAUCGAGGACGCGGACGUCAAAGACGACGUGAAAAUGGCGUGGCAUAUCCAUACAUGGGCACAACGCGCCAUUUUCACGUCGUCUUUGACGUCCGCGUCGUCGAUAUAAAUCUGUCUAUUCACCCACUGGACGUCCGCCAUUUUGAAUAUUAGAGAGGUUUAGCAAAGACGACGCGACGUCAAAGACGACGUGAAAAUGGCGUGAUAUGCCCAUCUAUGGAUGUGUCCACACCAUUUUUACGCCAUUUUCACGUCGUCUUUGAAUGCCUCUCAUAAGCACACUGGCUAGGACCAUGGCGUCAGCAUUUUGAUGACGAAUUACGGUUACGCCAAAAUCAUAGGAAAAACCAAGUAGUCGAUCUUCUGUUUGUCUCUAUUCUGUGGCAUUAUGCUGUAAACACUGUCUGUACCAGCGUAGGUAGUGGCAACACCAGAAAACGUCGGGUAAAAGAGGAAUUAGAGAAACUUCGACGUUUCGAGCGAAGGCCUUUUGUCGAGAAGUUUUUCUUGUAUUUUUUGCAGGUAGUUGAAUCCCUCUCAAUCCAUAGUUUUCUGGGAUAAAUCAACUCAUUGACCUUGGGAGAAAUUCGGGAUCAAUUGCUAUACCAGAUUCUGACCGGGUUUUGUUGCUCAGUUCAAUAUAUAUGUAGAAAUCAGUUACACCAAAGAAAUGUAAUUUGUACCAAUUCCAUUCUUUCUUGCUUCUGUAGGAAUUUGGUGUAAGGAAUGACAGUCCAUGUGGUUCCACUAUUGGACCUAUUUUGUCAGCCAAGCUUGGAAUCAGCACAGUAGGUAAGUUGAACUACCAUGAGUGUUGUAUGUCGCGUUUUCCUAUGCCGCGUAUUUGCGGAAAAGCGUAUUUUUCUUUUUUGCGGAAAAGCGUAUUUUCUAGUUCAUACAUUUAGCUCCUUUUUAUUAAGUGCAUCUGUCGGUUGAAAAACAUAUAGUCACAGAAAAAUAGUUUAAAAUACAACUAUUAAUGAUGCGAUAAAAUUGAUUCUUUAUUUACAGCAAUAUAAGCAAAACCUACCAGCUAGAAUCUUCUUAUAUAAUUUAUAGUUUAUGCACUAUAAAAUAUGAAAUGAAAUUACAAUGGAGAUGAAAUUAAGUAAAAUAUUUGUAAUGCAGUCGUAACCAAGUGAUAUUAGAGAAGUCCAGCUUUGACUUCCACUAUCGCUACCACUACAAUGGUCUUAGUACGCAUCUGAUUGGUUAAUUGGAUAUACCAUCUGACUGGUUAAUGGUAGCGGUACCUUUCUGCUAUACUCAUUAGUUUUCAGCACGUGUUUACACGCCCUGUCGUAUUAUUGUCGUAUUUAACUGUUAUUGUUUCUUGUCCCUCCUUAUCAAGUUUCUAGGUUGUUUGUUAUUACUUUACAAGUUGUGGGAACAACGGGAAACAAAAUUUGAAAUCGAGAUAUGCACAACCUGAUACUCAGGGUCUUCUCCGCUAACCCCCGAGUCUUCACCUCCGCUAACCCCAAGUCUUCACCUCCGCCAACCCCGAGUCGUCACCUCCGCUAACCCCCGAGUCUUCACCUCCGCUAACCCCCGAGUCUUCACCUCCGCCAACCCCGAGUCUUCACCUCCGCCAACCCCUUCAGUAUCAGGUUGACAUUUGCAGGGCUCAACGAAAUGUUGGCAACCGAAUUUAUACCCUCGAUAUUUUAUUUUAACUUCCCUUAAUACUGUACUUCUAUUUUCUAGACGUUGGAGGUCCCCAGCUUAGCAUGCAUUCCAUCCGUGAAAUGUGCUGUACAAGUAGUAUUCAUCACUGCACCGAGUUAUACAAGGUAAAAUAAAAACUUUCAUUCACUUACUAUUGCGUAUUGAAAGCAGGAUCCGAGUUGAAGCUAGGACUGCUCAACUCAAGAUUUAAACUAUCCCAUCUAAUAUCGCCCCUCCCUUGAAGAACUUUGGCCUGAAGGGGCAGUGUGUAAAUAUAACAGUUGUUCACCAUGCAUUUCCAGAGCAAAACGCUGAUAUGGUGGUCUUCUGAUUUCACACUAGUUCGAAUAAUUUCUCCCUUAUUUUCGUAAAAAUAUGUCAGUGAAAUAAUGACAAUGUAAUGCACUGUACAAGUUUUCUCUUUUGAGUUGUAAAAUUAAUUGGUGUGCGAUCAUGUCCAACCAAAACUCAAUUGGCUUGAUGUUGUCAGACCAAGUUUUUCUCUGCUAAGGGGGUAAGAAAAUGAAUUUCAGGAGUGGGGUAUCUUGAUCAUAUUAUCGUGACUGAUGUUUUCUUCAGGGUUCAGUGUUCAAAUUCGUCUUCGUCCACAAUAUAUAUAGGAUAUUACACGGCGGCGCGAAGAUAUGACUUUUAUCUUCGAGUGGUGAAAACAACAUUUUACGAACGAGCGCAGCGAGUAAAAUAUUGUUUUUAACACGAUCAAUUGUGAAAUUUCAAGCAAGAAAUUGUGAAAUUUCACGCUCAAAAGCAAAUUGGAAAAAGUCACGUGAUCAAUAUCUUCACUAGUGAAGAUAUGGAAAAUAUCUCGCUGUGUAUUUUUCAGUAUCUCACUCUCUCCUAUAUAAUAAUGAAUGAUAUGAUUGCAUUUUUUUUUACUUUUAGAAUUUCUUCGUGGAUUUUCCUGAAAUCCAGAAAUCACUUGUAGGGAUUUAGACAAUGUAUCCUUGACUCGUUUCUUAUCAUAUCCCUUGUAAAAUUACCAUGUAUACAGACACGAGAUUAUUACUGGAAUAUACAACGUCAACAAUUCAGUAAUGAUUAUUAGAUAAAAACGUUUACACUCAUCUAUAUAAGUGGUUUAAAUUAAUCAACUGAUUUAGCAUCAGUUGCAUGCUACUGGUAAACGCAUAGAUAUCUUAUAUACACUAGAUAGCGCAUCUCUUUUAGUAAAAUUGAAGCCAAGAAUAUUCCAGCGGUUACCCCCAUUUGAAUAGAUGGCGGCCAUGUUGGAGUUUCCCACUCGCUAAUAAACGCUUAAAAAUUUGGAAUAGGUUUAACUUAAUGUUUAAGUUCCCUGUUUAAGAAAUAAAAAACAUACGAGUCUUCUCAUUUCAUGGGAAUAUCCUGAGUCUGCAAUCACGGCUUCAAUUUUUGAAUUGCAGAAUAAGUAGAUGCACUCUCUAGUGCAUAUAAGAUAUCUAUGGGUAAACGUCAGUAAGCUAUUCACAGGACAGCACCUCAGUAUGGUAAACGUUUCUUCAGGGCCUCAGUCAAUCUCGUACCCAGAGCAUGCUCAUUCGCAGGUUACCCCUAAUCUGCAUGGGCAUGCUCUAGGUACGAGAUUGAACCCAAAGAUCUCGGAACAAACAAUUAAGAAUCUGAACCACGUACAACUAUAACUGUGGAUUGACGAAACUGUCGUAAAGUGUAGUAAAAUGCUUUAUAUAAUAACUACAGUGAAACAUGCAAUUUGAUUGGUCAAUAGCCGUGCAGGAUCAGGCUAUCCUGCACGAGGAAUUGAAAGGCUUUCGCAGGAUUCUCAAAAUGUCAUCGUUUCACUGUAGUUAUUUUAUAAAACACCCGAGACACUGCUGCAAUAGUCGAAGUGUGGUUGAAUUUAUGACUUGUGAAUCAUGAGAACAUGGUGUGGAACAAAUUAUUUUAAUAGCCUCAAAACGCCAAUAGCUUAAUAAUAAAAACACCCAGUAACGGUCCCAAAAUAGAACAAUCUGAAGGAAAGUUAUUCACAUAGGUAAUUUGUUUACGUUCAAUUAAAUAUUUUUGAAAGAGCGCUGUGGUUUUAUUUACUAAAACCAUAACGAGUUAACAAGAUAGUUCAAAAGAAUACCAUGGUCAAUGGUAUCAAACCGUUUUCCAUCUAUCAGCAAUAUCCAGUAAGAUUGUAAGGCCCGUCUACACUUGCAAUUUUUGCUGCGAUUUUCGUCUUCUGUUGCAUGUGAAUGAGUAGGUGAGUUAUGAAUGUUAUGAGUAUAUGCAGAGAGUAUAUGUAUACCUUGAUGUAUACCCUCAUCUUAAAGGCCAUUUUCCACUUCGCCUGUAUCGUACCGUAACGUACGUCAAAUUUACGUACUUCCGGUUGAUUCGCGUAUCAAAAUAAAAAGUUCGUCGCAAGUCAACUUUUUAGCGUACUACGGAAGUAUUAACCAAUCAACAUUCACUAAAUUUUGAAAUUUAAAAUUUGUUUUGAUACGUGUCGGUACGUUACGCUUGAAGUGAAAACGGCCUUAAAAAGAAAACAGCACUAGAAAUCGCAGCAAAAAUGUAAACGGAGAAUGUAUGCUCACGAUGGGUGCAUUAUGUAUACCGGUAGGCGUCAUAUAUCAACAUUUCCGAGCCAACUAGAGCAACAUUCACAUUCUGUGUUAUUUAAAAUUGUUUUUUAACUUCUUUUUUUUUUAUUUUUGGCAAGUUGCAGUUUUUCGCAAGUUUUUCGCCGCUUGCUGCCAUGUUGGAAAGAGGAAAAUUUGUUUUGCGCAUGCUCGAUGUCGAAC